GUCAGCGUUGAUGAUCUAAUCGGAGACAGACCCUGUUCACAAUUUCACUUCAACAGCCCACUUCUGGCAGCAGCGCCAAUCCUCGGAGAUACACCAGCGAUAUCUAUAACUCGAAAAUGCAGCUCUUAUUCGUUGAGAACAAGUAGAGUCCCCCAACUGCUGCAGGUACCCUUCCUGACUGCCAUUACUGUAUCUAGUCUUGUCGUCCAAAAAUUGUGUCAUCGCAUCGGCCAAACACUAGGCUGUGAGGUGGUUGCCAUUGGCUCUGGCACCGCAGCCCUUGACCACUUGGCCACGGCCCCUACCCUACCACAUAUCAUCUUCAUAAAGGCGUGUUGCCGGGUGACCCUAUCGUUCACUGUUCAGACUUAGAGCCCCCACUGACUGAUUGUGUAGACCUCCCUUCCAGGAAUGAGUGGCUACGAUCUGGUUCGUAUCAUCCGCACGCAGCCGCCCUUCUGUAACGAUCUCCAACUACAAACGAUUCCGCUCAUCGGACUGACGGCGUCGGCGUCCGGAACCAACUUGUCUCGCGAGAGAGCAACUGGCUACAAUGAUUUCCUUCGCGCUCCCUUGCGGGUAAGCACGGUGGGGGAGACAAUUGGCCAUUGGACCCGUCGACAGAUUAUGGGCCCGGCCGACGUGCCCGCUUGGCAAAUGAAGGCGUGGCAUAGGCUUCAUCGCGGUCCGCGAUCACGGCUGUGAUACCCGUAUGUGAUGAAGAUGAAGAGGGAUGACCCGGAGACUUGAUCAAGAGCGACUGCUGCAGAAUUUUCAAUAGAUGAAGAGAAUACAACGCAUUUAGGUCAUGGUUUCUGCCAAGCCUUUCGACGCGUAGCCAGCCUUUACCGUGCGUGGUCUGAUUCCUGACAGAAGUGACAUGGGGAACGGAAUUCAUCGAGCAUUCGAAUUGAGUCAGGGAAAACGGGAGGAAACAUGGUUCAUCGUCUGAGCACUUUCCCAUUCGGACCGGACGACUCGUGGUGGGCGCGCCACAUAAUCAAGGUCAGCCUUACGGAAGGGCGUUGUUGGCGCUGCUUGGUUCACGUGGGCGCAUUCUUGGCUGUCUGCACGCCAAUCGGUGAUCCUCACGAGUUAUCAAGCGCAAGCUAAGAGAUUGAAAGCUUUCGCCGUGGGGAAAGUUGAUGGGUGGGAAAUGCAUCAACAAAC